AGGAGAUCAAGAGUUACGGCAUCUCGCUUUGCGACAGCCGAGGCCUGCCGUCUGUAUUUAGCUUCGUACCUGCUAAUAGACGUUAGCGUAACCACCGUGAGGCGAGUAUCGAUAUCUGCUGGAGUACAAUGGGAAUAGAGGAUGAAACUGAUCGGACGCUCUUCAUAAGAAAUUUAGAUCAAAGAGUAACGGAGGAGCUUUUGUUUGAGUUGUUUUUACAGGUAACGUUUUCACACACGUUAGAAAAAUACGUUAGCAAGUGACAAGAUAGCAUCCAAACAAACACAGGCUAGUGCUAUAAAACGAAAGCGAAUAUGUGAGGAAAUACCGCUUUAAACGUCUCGGUUAUGUGGUUAAAGACGUAAUUUUAAACAUUCUUGUGUCGUUUUGGCUAAGGUUGAUUUUACACUUGAUGUAUACAUCUGCAAAACGAUGCUCUUUAUCCAGUCAUCUUUAGUGCAGCUAACGCUAGCUAGCUGUUUAGCUUUAGCAGGUGGUUGUCUGGGUAACACUCACCGAUUGCUUUUUGCUUUCCAGGCAGGACCUCUCAUCAAGACUAAAAUCCCCAAAGACUCUGAUGGGAAACAGAAAACUUUUGGUUUUGCUGUAUAUAAACAUGAAGUGUCCGCGCCGUAUGCCGUCCAGUUACUGAAUGGAACAAAUCUGUUUGGGAGAUGUCUUCAUGUUCAGUUCAGAUCAGGUCAGUUUACCUCAAUGUUUCAAACGCACUUGUUCAGGUAAAAAUGUCUCGCUCUAUUGUAUAUAGCUUUUCUUGCAAAUAUUCCUCUGACAGAGUUGUACAUAUCUGUUCUGGUUAUUCUUCCUAGGUUUUUAAGGGUACAUAAUGUAAACUGUAUUCAAACAGUUGUAGUAAUAGUUGGUUUCCAUUUCCUUAUCACAGGCAGCAGUCAUAGCAACAGUCCGGGGAAUUCACAGAAUACAAGUCCAGCAAAUACACCAAAUCCCCAUGGUCAGAGGUAAGGAUUUUCAAUCAACAGUUUGUCUGAAAAGCGAAAAAAUGACAGUGUUUACAACAGGGUGACGGUAUACUAAAAGGGGCUAGAGGGGUGGGAGUCUGCAAAUUAAGAUCCAUCCAUCCAUCCAUUUUCUACUGCUGGUGCAUAUCCCAGCAUCUGUGUCGUGCACUGGAAACCUUAUAAAUGGCAGCAGUGGGGAAAUUUUCGGUAAAGUUGUUAAGAUAUUCACAGAUUUGGACCUCCAGGAUCAGUAAUGCUGAGAUGAAAUGUUGUCUAAACACAAAUGAUGCCUCUUUCAUGUCGCAAUAGCACAGACUAUUAGCUAUGAGAAUCAAAAACAGAUUUCUUUUACAAAAAAAGCCGUUCUUCGAGCUGGAUGAAUAAUACUGAUCUGUAUGUGCAUGUGGGCGAGAGUGCAGGGAUCGUCUGCAAAUUACGACACAAGAGCAAGACUCUGCAAACAAAAAUCAAUAUCCCCGCUAUAAUAUAGUAGAGACCUGAAAAUCACCUCACUCACCAAGGGACUCUUCAUACUACAACAGCUGUUUUAGGAAAAUGUGCCUUUUUAUAAUUUUGGUGAAUUUUUGUUGUUAUGAAUCAUAAAUGUCUUCCAAAAUUAAUCAAUAGCUCGACUGUCAUAUCAUGUGUGUCCCAUCCCACCCCUCCAAAAAAAAUUUUCAGGCACAGGAUUUUUUUCUGCUUCCAGCUCUGUAAAACAAGCCUUGUUUCUACAAUGUUCAAUCUAUGAUAACCUGAUCAGCCUCGCUUUGGGAAGGCUGAUCACUUCUUGCUUUCUGUUUACUUUAUGUGCACUCAUAAGUACAACAGAACAACUCAUUUGUUUUAUAUACAGUUGUCUGUAUGUUUUGAUUGAUGAAGUGACGACUUAACUAGGAGUCUGUUGAUUCAGAGGUACCAACGUAAGUAAAGCAAGAAAAGUGCCUGCUGGGAUUUUAAUUAACUUUUUUCAGAACUCUUGAGACAGAACAAUGCUUAAGGUUACGUGAUUAAUCAAUUUCAAUUACAAUUUUUUUCCUCCCAGGUAUAUAGAAACAGAAGAAUUGAGUUUAGUCAGUUGCUUUGCUGCCUGUCAUGUUGUGCCGGCUUUUUCCUAUGCAGCGAAUAGAGCACACCCAUUUUUUCUUCUUCACAGCAGAGUAUGAGCUCUGUGCCUUCCUUCAAACAGCUUUCGUUCAUCAUUAAGAGCUCAGAUUGAAAUACAACAGAAUCUGGGAGCACAAAUGUGCCUAAUAGUGUGUUAAUUAGGGACUGAUUGAAGUGGAGACAGGAGAGGAGCAGGAGGAGGCAGGUGUACCUGUGUGUUUGGAAAGUUGAGUAGAACAUGGCCUGAAAGAGUGUAGUGAUCCUAAAGCUGUGAAAAUGCUUGCCCAGUAAGCUUUUACAGUCAACUCUGAAGCUGCAGAAGUCCAGUCAGAUAGAUAGGCAGGCAUCUGCACUCAUAAAAAUAAAAAAUAGUCUUUAAUAAUCCUCUUUUUAUCUUUAUAAAUAAUUUUUUUCAGGGCUCUGAAUUUUUAUGUUUUACAUGUGUUAAAUACUGGAAAUGCACAUGCUGCAGAUCACACGAAUCAUGAGUAAUCAAAUCGCAGGCUUACGAUCUCAGUAUCUAACCAAAUAAUCAUGAUUAUGACUUUUGCUAUCAUCAAGGCACCUUGAUGUUUACUGCAGAAAGUCUCUGUAAUAUUGUGUCCCAUAUCAGUAUCCAUUUAGGGCUGCUUCUUCUACCUUUGAACCAUCUAGUUCCUUCUGCAGGGUUGUUCGUAGGCUUGGACAUAUUUGGGCUUCCAGAUAUUUUUUUCUGUUUGUAAAUAACUAUCUUCUUUUUGCUCUUCUAAAGAGUUGUGCUAGAAAACAUUUCUACUUGAAAAUAUUGGUAGUAUCACACUAUUACAAUUGAAUUUAGUAUUACAUUUUGUGGCACGUGGAUUGUUCAACAAGAGUGGAAAAGGCUAUUUUUGUUAUGAACCUUAAAAGCUGCUCAAACUUGCUUAAUUUAAAUUAUCCCCUGUUCUUUGUAGCCGCUGUUCUCCCCUCAUAUCUGUUUGAAAUGAAACUGUCAUGCUCCAGAUUCCCAGAAUAACCAUACAUUAGCAGUCAUGAUCUGAAGCACCUCAGUCUCUAUGAAUGUAUUUUGUCAGGUAAUGGAUUUCAUUUACUAGCUAUUGGGUGAAAGGAAAGAAAAUAACACCAUUAUUUGUCAUGCGUAACACUCGAGCUCCAGACUAAAAUAGAUAUAAAGCCCCAUAAAGCACUCAACAGCUGGGCCUAAGGGAACAUAGACACAACAGUGAGGGUUCCUCUGUCAGUCUUAGAGUUCCUGGAAGUUUGUGGUAUGCUGAUUUUUUUUUUUCUUAACUUAACUGAGGUGUUAUAUCUCUGAACGUCGUUUUUAUGCCUUCUCAGAGAAAGUUUAAAAAGUGAUUUCUUUAAUAACCUUAAAAAAAGUGUCUCACACAACUAUAACUAAUCAUGACUGAAAAUAAUCAUUAUCUUUGGUCAGGAGCAGAACAUAAACAAACAAAAUAAAUGAAAAAUGUACUUUGUAUGUAAUGCAACUUCUUUGUAUUUCUAAAGGCCAAAUUGAAUUAUCAACACAACAAUAUUCAGAGUUUAUCGUACUAAAGUUUGUCAUGUUUUCAGUUGUCUGAAUGUUGUUCUUUUUAAUUGUUUGUAUUGUGUGUUUAGACCUUUUGAAAGGACAUUUAUAGCUCAAGUAAAUGUUACCACAGUAAAAUACUUCUUUAAUUCAGUUUGAUUGCAGUUUACAUGUUGAUAAUUUUGCUGUAAUUCACUUCUGUUGCUGCUCAAUGAAAUGACUAUGAAUAAGUAAUUUACACUGUUGGAUUGAGAACGGAUAUUCUUUGUGUGAGGACCGUGUUUGUAGAUUCAUGUGUACACUGUGUUUGACUCAGAGAUGUUGAACAGUGGCAUUUUGAGACAACAAAUGCUUGGUUGAGUUGAAUUGGCUCAACAUGAUCAAGACUUGCACUGGCCUUUUUUUGUGAUGAGUAAAAAUAUGAUUCACUUCUUCCAGGACACCGAUCCAGUUCAGCUCUCCACCGUACACUCCUCCACCCCAAAUGCAGAGGUCUAUCUCAUCCCCUGAAAAUCUGCAGAAGCAUGCCAUGGUAAACUCGUCAUGCCCUUAUGAUGAUAGAAUGAAAUUUCUCUUGACAAAGAGGAGGUAGGAAUAUGUCGUUUGUAUGUUUAAUCACACAGGUUUUGUUUUCUGUUUCUUCUUCCAUCUGCAGAUGAACAACAUGUGGCAGCUCCACAUGACGCAGCUUGAGCAGUUGAACGGCGGCUUUUUAAAGCCCCAGCAGAGGGGACACUCUGGAGGAGGCGGCUCAAGGCAUCAUGAUAACUCCCCCUAUCAUCGCAGUUCGUCCCAAACAAACAGCGGCGGUAGGAAUCACCGAUAUUCAGAGGAACAAGGUUCCGGACGCCAUCAUCAAUACAGUCAAGGCCGAGACGGCUAUCACCAUCAGAACGACAGGAGCAGCUCCCGUCACCAUGACAGCAGAGGUGGCAGCAGACAUCACGACGACAGGGGGAGCAACCGUGGCUACCAGGACAACAGAUGGCGACGCUACUGAGACACAGGCAGGGUGUCUUGUCGGGACUAUGCUGAUUCACAAACCUUUUGGACAGACCUCUUAAAAAAAAAAAAAAAAAAAAAAACAUGGAUUAUGUUGAAAAAUUCACACGUAUGCUCAGGGAUUUUUUGUACAUAAUCCUGCCAGAUUCAAUAACUUCUGCCUUGGAGCAUUUUUUUUCUUUUUUUACUUUGAAUGUGUUUUUAAAUUUUUACACUUCUUAAAUAUGAGCUUUUUCUCAUCAAUGUCACUAAAAUUUGAAGUUAAGAGGUCUAAUGUAUGAGCAGGGAAAAAAAUAAAACAAAACAAAUGACUUGUGACAUUGUGGAAGAUAAAAACAAACACCACGUAUAUUUAAAAAGAAAAAAAAAGAUUUAGGAUAUUUUUAUUUUAUGCAAAUUGUAAUAUGAAAGGUGCUGCCAGGUCUUCACAAAACUCUUCAGGUACUCAGCAAAAAAAAAAAAGAACAACUUUGUUAGCUCCAGAUUCCACCAGCACUACUACUACUACUUCAACUGCAAUAGGGCACCUCUGUUUCUUAAUUUUGGAUCUUUGUAAAAUGGUCUUUGUUUUAUUACGAUGUAUUAUUUUUUUUUAAUCCUGAGUCUGUAAGACAAACCGUUUUAAACUGGACAUCUACAUUAUGAUAAAGCUCCUUUCAUUCAGUC